AUGGCUGAAGACAAUUAUACCACUGUGACUAGUUUAAUUUUCACAGGAUUAACUGAUAGACCAGACCUGCAGCUUCUACUCUUUGUUGACUUUUUCCUGAUUUAUGGAAUGACCUUGCUGGGCAAUCCAGGGUUGAUCUUAGUCAUUAGGUUUGGCCCACAGCUGCAUGUGUACUUUCUCCUCAGCAAUCUGUCCUUCUUGGAUGUCUGCUACUCUUCCACUGUCACUCCCAACAUGUUGCUCAAUUUUGAGAAUGUUACGGGAGUGUCAUACAAUGGGUGCAUUACACAGUAUGGCUUCUUUGUAGUUUUUGCCACCACUGAGAUGUUUCCCCUGGCUUCAAUUGCAUAUGACCACUAUGUGGCCAUUUGUGACCUAUUGCUGUACACUGUUAUUAUGACCAAAAAGAUCUGCAUACUGUUAAUAGCUGUGUCAUAUCUGGGAGAUAUUGUACAUUUGUUAAUUCAUACCCAUGGCUUGUUGAGAUUGUCUUUUUGCAGCUCCAAUGUCAUCAAUCACUUUUUCUGUGAUCUCCCUCCUCUCCUAAAACUCCCCUGUGGUGAUAUCUAUCUCAACAAUAUCCUUGUUUUCAUUUUUGGCACUAUAUUUGAGACAAUCACUUCUACAGUUGUCAUCAGUUCUUACCUUUUCGUUAUUGUCACUGUGUGGAAGAUCCACUCUGCCAAGGGCAGGCAAAAAUAUUUCUCCACCUGUGCCUCCCACCUCAUGGCUGUAUUCACAUUUCGUGGCACAAUUCGAUUCAUGUAUUUCUGCUCCAGUUCCAGCUAUUCACUGAGCACUGAUAAAAUAGUUUCUGUUUUCUACACAUUGAUCAUUCCUAUGCUGAACCCCUUCAUCUACAGCUUGAGAAACAAUGACACUAAAUAUGUUGCAAGGAAACUGUUGAAGAAGGAGGUCUUUACAUGCUGA